GAAACGCGGUGAGUACUGGCUGGUUUGGUACAAAGGGCAAAGUAUAAGCAGCAGGUCUUGGGGUUAUUCAGCAGUUUGUUGCAGGAGCACAUUCCUCUUGACAAGGCGUUUAUCUAAAGAUUAGCCUCAAACAGCAGAUGAGACUUCCUCUUCGCCCUCUUGGUAUAUUCAUUAAGUUAAACUUUCAGAAGAAAACAGCAGUCACACAGAGGCGAGACGUAAGCAGUGCAGCCAUGCGUCUGGUCCAGUUUUGUCGCCAUGGUGAUGGAGACAGCAUCAGGGUGGGAGUGGAACAAGGUGAGGGGCUCAGUGUGGUGGAUCUGAAUGCGUUUGAUCCAUCCAUGCCCUCAACAAUGAGAGAACUGCUGGAGCUGGGAGACAAGGGUCUGCAGUGUGCUCACAGAGCAUUAGAAUCUGGUCAGUGUGUGGUGGAUCGAGCACAAAUCAAGCUACUGUCUCCCAUUUUGGCUCCUGAGAAGGUGGUGUGUGUGGGUAUGAACUAUAGGGAUCACUGUCUGGAGCAGAAUGCCCCUAUCCCCAAAGAGCCCAUCAUUUUCUGCAAGUUCCCCAGUGCAAUCACUGGGCCAUAUGAUGACAUUACUCUGCCCUCAGAGAGUCAGGAGGUGGAUUGGGAAGUGGAGCUGGCCUUCGUGAUUGGACGAAGAGGCAAACACAUCAGGGAGGAAGACGCUCUCUCCUAUGUUGCCGGGUUCACUGUGGCCAAUGACGUCAGCGCACGUGACUGGCAGAACCGCAAUGGGAAGCAGUGGCUGCUGGGAAAAACAUUUGACAGCUUCUGUCCUCUUGGCCCUGCCUUAGUAACAACUGACACAGUGAAAGAUCCUCACAACCUGGGCAUACGCUGUCUAGUUAACGGAGACACAGUCCAGAGCAGCAACACUGAUCAGAUGAUCUUCAAGACAGCAGCACUGGUCGCGUGGGUCUCUAAGUUCAUGACGUUAACUCCAGGUGAUGUGUUCCUGACCGGCACUCCUCCCGGUGUAGGUGUGUUCAAAAAACCACCCAUCUUUCUCAAGAACGGAGACAUAGUGAAGUGUCAGAUAGACCAGUUGGGCUCCAUAAUCAACAAAGUGGUCUAAAGUCAGGACUGUGUGCCGAUCAAUAAACCACACGUCUGAUCAUCUGUAACAAAUGUUUAAAACGGUGAUGAUAUCUGAUGAUUUUUUUUCUUUGCAUCAGUGAUAAUUCUGCAACACAACAGUGAGGAGGGAAAUGUUGUAUUUUUACAUCCUAAAACUAUGUAAUUAUGUGACCCAACCACUGAGUCAGUGAUCACCAGCUGUAAAAGUCUCCAUCAGCAGCCACCCACUCCUGCUGUACAACACAAACCUCCUGACUUGUUUUACCAUGUAAAAAUAGCAAGUAAUUGUCAUGUUUAACAGGCAGGAACAUACAUUUUCUCCUACUAGCUUUUACUACUAGCUGACAUGGGAACUUUUCUUGUAAAAAUAAAACAAAUUACUCGUAAUACAAUUUCAUGAAGUAUGCAAUUUUCAGAAUCUGUCCUUUAUAUUGCCUGAGAGAAAAAUUCACAAUAAUUUGAUUUAUGUUUCUGGGUGCUUCAUUAUUGUUUUGCUGGAAAGAGUGAAUCCCCUUUUUCACUGACAUCUUUAUUCUUGUGGCGUGAUGGAGUGGAGCUAAUAAUUGAGUUUGAAAAGUAAUUGAGUCACAAAUAAUUUAUAAAAUGUUAAAAUUCUAAUUUACGCAUUUUACCCGAUUGUGGCUAUUUUCUCUAAGCAUAAGAGUAUUUUACAGACUGAAGGCAACAAUUGUGCUUAAUGUAAAAUGGCAUUAACAUAUUCAAGAAAAUAAUAAAAUAAUUUUCAAAGUAAAAAAAAAAGUUUAAUCACUUCCCAGAAGAUGUUUUAUUACAUAAUUAUAAUUAUUUGUAUUAGAAAUAUUUGUCAGUGCCUCCCAAUGCUAUAAAACCAUUUAGUGAUAUGAUUUUUAAAUUAGUAAGACAAGAAAUUAUCAUUUGACGGUCAAAUUAUCAUUAAUUUAAGAUGUUUCACUCGCAAAAGAUAUUUGUUUAUAUUUCUUACAGUUGUGAGCAGCAGUUUGAGAAAAUUGCCCAUGAGCAGCUCAUCAAAUUUCUUUGUUUGCAUACAGACUACUUUAAGCAUGAUUAGCCUUGAAGCUAUUCAAAACCCAAACUAGUUUCAUAUCAGCACACAAUAUAGAUUUAGGUGGUAGUUUCAGUCAGGGCAGAGUACCGUUCACAGGCUUCAGGAUCAGUCUGGACACUGGGUGGCAGUAGAGAGUCACAGUCGCUGAGCUACUGCAGCUUUAGUUUAUUUUAGAGUUUGGGUGAGAAACAGCUGCACUAGCUGUUGACUGUACAAACAGUCGGCUGUAAACGGCAAAAAUAUUAACGCCUGGCAGAAAAUGUCUCCAUCAAAGUGAGGCAUCGAUUUGUCUCGCCCUUUUGAUGUCCAAAGGUCUGCGUCAAAGUGACUCUCCCGAGGUCUGACUCAGCAGAGAGUGAUCUACAUUCAGGAGAGCUACUCAGAAUGAUGAGCUGUGUGGAGAGGAGCACAUCUAAUAUAAAGUGUAAAGAGGCUUCUUGUGCAUGAGUUGAAUUUGAAAAGAAGCAUCAACUUUUGUUUAUUGUAAGUUCUUGAAAAUUUCAGAUGCAACUAACAAAAACAGUCUUUUUCAUCACAACAUAAACAUGUUAGUAACAAGUCGUCCUGGCCAGCAUCGCCCAAACAGUGAGUCAUAACAGCUGAUUAAUAGGACUUCAUAUUCCUCGUCUCCUGUGGCUUUAUGCUAAUGAUAUUACUGAAGAUGAACUUAAAAUCAAUGUCUCACUGAAAAAAAAAAAAAAAAAAAGCAACUACUUAGAGACGUGCUUCUUAACUGUCUUUUUUUUUUU